CCGCGUAAACGUGAAUGUUGUUUUCAGAUUUUCGGACGCACAUUGGCGGUGUUGGGUUUGGGCAGAAUUGGAACAGAGGUAGCCACUCGUCUGCAAGCCUUCGGCAUGAGGGUUAUCGGUUAUGAUCCCAUGACCACGAAAGAGGCAGCAGCAGCAAAAAAUAUCGAACUGCUUCCGUUGGAAGAGAUCUGGCCUCAAGCUGAUUUUAUUACUGUGCAUGUGCCACUCAUCCCUGAGACGGAAAACAUUAUCAAUGCCAAAACGCUGGCAAAAUGCAAGAAAGGUGUGAAGAUCAUCAACGUGGCUCGUGGAGGAAUUGUCAACGAGAAAGAUCUGGUGGAUGCGCUGAACUCCGGUCAAGCAGGAGGAGCGGCUUUCGACGUCUUCGUCGAGGAGCCUCCCAAAUAUCGCGGUCUAGUGGAGCAUCCAAAGGCGAUCUGCACCCCUCAUCUGGGUGCUUCGACAAUCGACGCUCAGCUGAGAGUGGCCACGGAAAUCGCUGAGAACAUCGUUCAGUUCAACAAGGGCAAAGUGCUUGGCGUGGAAUGCAAAUGCCGGAACCACGUGAUGUAA